AAUUGUCGUAAUUGACCAAAUCAAUGUAACUGAGAAUUGAGAAUAACAAUUAACAGCUGCUUAGUAAAAUUUUUUAUUUCCCGGCGGCUGAUAAGAAAAUAAUUUAUUUAAUUUGGCCCACGUAGAAAGUUCAAAUACUUAGUAGUUAAACUCAAUUCAAGUAACUUUUUAAUAUUCCAGUUAUUCAAUACGCAAGACGAUGAGUGGAGAAAACAGCAUUAUCCUGGUGACCGGAGGAUCCGGUCUCGUUGGACAAGCGAUAAAAACUGUGAUUGAUGAAGAAAAGAAGUUGGGUUCAAAUGGUGAAACGUGGAUUUUCUGUGGCUCCAAAGAUGGUGAUCUCAGGGACAGGACCCAGACGGAAGCCCUGUUUGAUAAAUACAAGCCCACACAUGUGGUGCACUUAGCUGCAAUGGUUGGAGGGCUGUUCCACAACAUGGCACAUAAUUUGGACUUCUUUAGAGAGAAUAUGGCAAUAAAUGACAAUGUGUUGAAUGUGAGUCAUAAACACAAUGUGAAGAAAGUUGUGUCCUGUCUGUCCACCUGCAUCUUCCCAGACAAAAUCACAUAUCCUAUUGAUGAGACUAUGAUUCAUAAUGGUCCUCCUCACUCUUCAAACUACGGCUACAGUUAUGCGAAGAGAAUGAUCGAUAUACUUAACAGGGGCUACAGCGAGCAGCACGCUCGCACGUUCACGUCGGUGGUGCCGUGUAACGUGUUCGGGCCUCACGACAACUUCUCCCUGGAGUCCAGCCACGUCAUACCCGCGCUCAUACGACGGAUGGACGACGCUAUGCAAAACGGUGACACCACGUUCACAGUAUGGGGCAGCGGCAAGCCGUUGAGGCAGUUCAUAUACUCAUUGGACCUCGCUAGACUAUUUGUAUGGGUGCUUAGAAAUUACGAUAGCGUUGAACCGAUCAUAUUAUCAGUGGACGAAAAAGACGAAGUGCCAAUAAGCAGCGUAGCGGAAGCCAUAGCGAAAGCCCACGGCUUCCAGGGAGACAUCCUCUACGACACUUCCAAAGCAGACGGACAGUACAAGAAGACAGCGUCGAACAACAAACUGAGAUCGCUCCAUAAAGACUUUGAGUUCACGCCUUUCACUGAAGCUAUACACACCACAGUUACAUGGUACAAACAAAAUAAACAACACGCGAGGACAUAGUCACUACAACCAGUGACUAGUGAACGACAAAACAUAGAAAUCGCGUUUCUAAAAUUAUUGCCACGUACAACCUAUAUACCUUCUAGGUAACAGUGAAUAGGUAUUUUCUAGGCAGCGCGCUUCAACCUAGAUCGAAAAAAAAUUGUAACAAUAAGGGCCAAAAGCUCACGUCUGUCAACAUAACUUCAACUAAAUAAAGUAGUUUAAAUCGCAGGCUCAUAAUUAGUACUGUGUAUCAUGCGACACUGCCGAGAUUGGUCGAAUCAAAGUGAUAGUUAGGACAGUUGAAUUGAAGACACUUCGGUAGAGUAUAAUAUAUGCACCUCCCAUUAGGAUAAAGAUUUCGUUAUACUCUAAUGAGCGUAAGAAAUAAUAAUAGGCUUUAUUGUUGUCUUAUUGCUAGUUAUAGAUACAUGUGUUAUCUGCUAUAAAAACUAACAAUAAACAAUAGCAAACUCGCAAACUAGCAGUCGCAAACUCAGCAUAACUGAGCAUUGAUAGGAAUGCUCAGCGCAUGGUUUUCUGUUUGAUCCAAAAAAAUAUUGAUUGAUUAAUAAAAUAUUGCCGCACCGCGCCCGUUGCGUUUCCUGCUUAUUGAUCAAUAUUAAAUAAAUAACAGUACCACCCAAAAGCAAGAAUAUAAAAAACAGUACAGUAAUACACAAGGAAAAAAAUAAAAGUUUCAUUCACUGACCCCAACGCCUGUGAUGUUUGCGGCAGAGCCAAAACACCGUCGUAACACCUAAGACUAUCACUGUAUUUUAUCACAAUGUUAUCAUACAAAUAACAAUAAAUUAUUAUAUGAUUUAGUUAUUUAUUUAUUUUUAUA